CGCGACCUGCCGCUCGCCACAUCUGGAGACUCUUCCAGACGCGAGAAACUUCCAACUUUUGUCGUUUAUUCCCGCGCUGAAAAUAAAAAAAAACCGACGCGGCGCGUCGAUCCGCGCGGGUCCGCGUGGCUCUCUCUCGCGAUAGUAAGUAGACGUUCUUUCAGCCAAGUUGACGUUUCUCUCCUUCUGCGAGCGUUAGUUUUUCUCUUCUUUUAAGAUUUUUUUUGGGGUUGUUUUUGUUUUUGUUUUGCAUCUCCGCCGGUAAACAGCGCGGGAGUCCCGCGCGUCCAGCUGCCGCGUAACUGGCACGCCGGGUCGUGUCCGUGUUGGAUGCGCUUUUUGGUGGAAACGGCGUGACACAUUUCCAUGUCGUGUUUUCGGCGGCGAGGCGCUGGAUGAGUUGAUUUGCGCAAAAUCAAGCCGGCAAAUCGUUGAGAAGUUGGUCGUUUCGCUCCUUUUAUCUGAUUAUUAUUUAAAUAUCAUCACAUACUAGAAUUAAAAACUACUGCGGGACCGCACAUCAGUGCGUUGAUGCUGUCGGGCCAAUUCAAAGUGUGCCGUUCAACAGCGCCAUGGUGACGGAGUGAUGCGCAUCGCGCUUCAUUGUGUCCAACGCGCUCAUCUGACAGUUUGGAGGAGAGGACCGGAUUAAACCAUAAGGCGCAGGGCUUCAUACUGAAGUGUUUAAGUUAGUCUGAGGGGAAUUUUUUUUUUUUUUAAAAGACCUAAAAAUACAGCGUUGGUUUCUUCCCCUACAAAGACUCAUGUGAAGUUCCCACCGCAGCGCGAGAGCGACAUAAAUAGUUCUGACAUGUGGAUGUAAUUUCAGAAGAGGAAAGAGAAGAGAGAGAGAGAAAAAAGGAGACAGAUGCAGAGAAAUAAAGAGAGCGCCUGAGCCGGAGCGUAUAGUAAGAUUACAGGAAAUCAAAUCGAGGGCAAAGCGAGGCGAUUACACGAGUUAUGAUUUCACGCGCGGCCAUAAACACACAGCAGCCGGAUGGAGUGAAAAAGAGCAACUCGCUCCACUUCCAAGAGAGUUAAGAAGAUUGAAGCGUUUCAGCCGCGCGUCUGUCCGAGCGAGAGGCCCCUCGAGGCCCCUGGUGCCUCGGGUCGGUCAUGGGAUCCGCCCUGCUCCUCCACAACCUGGACUUUCUCCUCAUCUCACUGCUCAGUGGUUUAUUUCUGGCUUGCGCAGACGAUGUGCUGACGAGAGACGAGCAGAUUGCCCUCCUGUUCAGAGCCAGACUGAUCUGUGAGGGCAACAUCGAUGCAAAGCACAACGUGUCCGACGGUUUCUGCUCGCCAGAGUGGGACGGCGUCAUCUGUUGGCCUGAGGGGCGUCCGGGGAACCUGGUGUCCAUGGUGUGUCCGGAGUACAUUCAUGACUUCAACCACAAAGGACUGGCAUACCGGCGGUGUGACAACAAUGGGACUUGGGAACUGGUGACAGCCAACAAGACAUGGGCCAAUUAUAAUGAAUGCACAAAAUUCCUCUACCAUUACAACCACAGCCAUGAAAAGGACGUCUUUCACCGCCUGUAUCUCAUCUACACAGUGGGUUACUCCAUCUCUCUGGGAUCCCUCAUGGUGGCCGUCGUCAUCUUGGGAUAUUUCCGACGAUUGCACUGCACCAGGAACUACAUCCACAUGCACCUCUUUGUGUCCUACAUGCUGAGAGCGCUCAGUAUUUUCGUGAAAGAUGUUGUGCUCUACUCCGGAUCUGCCUUGGACAACAUGGAGAGAGUCACGGUGGAAGACCUUAAAUCCAUCACCGAGGCGCCGCUGUCCAACAAAACACAGUUCAUCGGCUGCAAGGUGGUCGUGACCUUGUUCUUGUACUUCCUCGCCACCAACUACUACUGGAUCCUGGUGGAGGGUCUGUACCUGCACAGCCUCAUCUUCAUGACCUUCUUCUCCGACAGAAAGUAUCUGUGGGGAUUCACUCUGAUCGGAUGGGGAGUGCCAGCUAUGGUUGUGACGGCUUGGGCGACUAUGAGAGCCACGUUUGCGGAUACGGAGUGUUGGGACUUAAGUGCGGGCAAUCUGAAAUGGAUCUAUCAAGUGCCGAUCCUGGCGGCCAUAGUGGUUAAUUUCAUGUUAUUUCUGAACAUCAUCAGAGUCCUGGCAACGAAGCUGCGAGAAACGAACGCGGGCAGGUGUGACACAAGGCAGCAGUACAGAAAGCUGUUGAAGUCCACGUUGGUGCUGAUGCCGCUCUUCGGGGUCCACUACAUCAUCUUCCAUGCCAUGCCAUACACAGAGGUGUCCGGGUUUCCCUGGCUGAUACAGAUGCACUACGAGAUGCUUUUCAACUCCUUCCAGGGAUUCUUAGUUGCAAUCAUAUACUGCUUUUGCAACGGGGAGGUGCAAGCCGAGAUCAAAAAGUCCUGGAGCAGGAGGACUCUGGCCCUGGAUUUCAAAAGAAAAGCUCGGAGCGGCAGCAACACUUACAGCUACGGACCCAUCGUGUCCCACACCAGCGUCACCAACGUCACCGCCAGAGGGCCGCUGGCCCUCCACCUCACCACGAGGCUGGGGCCGGGGCCCCUGAACGGACACAGGAACCUCCCCGGCUACGUGAAGAACGGCUCCGUCUCGGAGAACUCGGUGCCCUCGUCGGGACAGGAGCUGCACGUCCCCGACGAGGAGCACUCGGCUCCCGCGCGGCCCUGCGAGAGCGAGAAACCCUCCCCCGUGGUGGAGGAGGAGAGGGAGACAGUCAUGUGACCCCGCAGGCCGCUGCGUACAGGGGGGUGGAGGGGAACCCAUCAGGGGGGCUGCAGGCAUCGACGCUGCGAUGAAGCCUGAGCAUAUUUCCAGCAGAUGAGACUGGAGGCGAUAAGUGAGCCUGGCCACCUUCACCUGACGGAGGACGACCCUCGCUGACGCAGCCAAAGGGGGCUCCGCUCGUUCACGGCGAAUGUGUAUAGGGAUG